AGCCCAUCACCCUUGAACACCAACUUCCCAAGUCGUGCUUCCUUGCCAAGCAUUUCUCUAUAGCAGGUCUUUGUGAGAUUUGCUGGCGAUCCUAGCAGCUCGUCUGUUGCGAUUGCUGUUACAACCUUACUGAUCACUAACUGACUGUGUUACUAACCCUGAUGCCGUGUGCUUUUCACUUACCUACAGCUGAUGCCAAUGGUGCCCGCAAACGACGCAGUCGCUGGGGAGAAGCAAAGACAGACAUCCCUGGUUUACCGACGGCCAUCUCUGCUGCCGGUGUUUCCCAGGCACAGCUCGAUAAUUAUGCAAUUCAUCUAAGGUUGGAAGAAAUUAAUCGCAAGCUGCGGUUGAAUGAUUUUAUCCCACCCGAGCGUGAGCGGUCCCCUUCACCCCCUCCCACGUAUGACGGCCACGGUCGCCGUACCAACACUCGUGAGGUUCGCUAUCGCAAAAAGCUCGAAGACGAGCGAAUUCGCCUUGUCGAUCGUGCUAUGAAGAAUGACCCAAACUUCCGCCCUCCUGUCGAAUACCACCAACAAAAACGUUCCCAACGUCCGUCCGAAAAAGUUUAUAUCCCCGUUAAGGAAUUCCCUGAAAUCAAUUUCUUCGGUCUUCUUGUCGGCCCUCGUGGCAAUAGUUUGAAGAAGAUGGAGAGGGAAAGUGGUGCCAAAAUCAGUAUUCGUGGCAAGGGAAGCGUGAAGGAAGGCAAAGCUCGUCCUGACCAGUACGCUGACGAUGCAGAAGAAGAUCUCCACUGUCUCGUUCUCGCUGAUUCUGAAGAGAAAGUUGCAGCAUGCGUGAAAAUGAUCAACAGGGUCAUUGAAACGGCUGCCUCCACUCCCGAGGGUCAGAAUGACCACAAACGUAAUCAGCUUCGCGAGCUUGCGGCAUUAAACGGUACCCUUCGUGACGACGAAAAUCAGAUUUGUCAGAAUUGUGGCGGUCUUGGUCACCGAAAAUAUGACUGUCCAGAACAACGCAACUUCACAGCUAACAUCAUCUGUCGUGUCUGUGGUAGUGCAGGCCAUAUGGCGCGCGACUGUACCGUUAACAAGGACCCCAACGCAAUCGCUAUGGGCAGCCCUCCUCCCAUGAACAAGGGAGGGUUCGACUCUGAGUACGCUAGCCUGAUGGCGGAGCUUGGCGAGAGUGGCAGAGGUACAGGCGGCGAUACUGCCAAGAGCUCGUGGGGUGGCCCCAGUGCCUGGUCAUGAUAUCACUGCAGGCGGGUCCAACAUUCCUCCUUGGCGUCGACCAGAGUCCUGGCAAUCCAACAAUCCUCCACAAAACCAAGGUUACCGCCCACCACAAGCUUACGGUGCCUACGCCGGCA